AAGGUCUCCAAAGCCCCGGUUGAAAUGGCUAAUUGGCCGGAUUUUAUUGAAGAGCGUAUUGCUUUGUUUGAGCGAUUAAUGGCACGAUAUCUGGAAGAAGUCGCUGCAAAGAUUACUCUUCCGGAUGGCAAAGAAUUUGUGGGUGAAUCAUGGCGUACCACUCCACUGAUGAUCGCGGAACAGAUAAGCCGAGGCCUGGCUGAUGUUGCUGUUGUUGCAAAAGUUAAUGGAGAGGUAUGGGAUUUGGAUCGACCAUUCGAAGGAGACGCGAAAUUAGAAAUCCUCAAAUUUGACGAUGACGAAGGAAAACAAUAUACUUAG